GCUGCUGGCUCUCUUCCCUUUGUCGCCGAAACCUCCCCGGUAGCAGAGCCAAGGAGAAGGAUGGAGAAAGAGAAAAUCUUAAUGAAAUCUAACGUUGCUGCUUCUAACCUCCUGCGAACAUUACAUUCUCUCUAUCUCUUUGGUCACUUCUGCGAUGUCACAAUACACACAGACCAACUUGGAAUCCAGGAGGAGUUUUCUGUUCACAAAGCUGUAUUAGCGGCUUCCAGCAAUUACUUUAAAAGCCUGUUCCUUAGUGACGAGAUGCUGAAUGCUCAGAAUUGCGAAGUCACCCUCCAGGACAUUCACGCUGAAGAAUUUGUCUCCUUCCUAAAGUUUGUCUAUACAACUGAAGUAGAAAUUGAAGUGGACCGGCUGCACCGGAUAAAGGAGGUCGCUGAAAGGCUUGAAUGCAAGGAUCUGCUUGAGGUUUUUGAAGAAAUGAAGGCAGAUAUGAGUGUUCAUUUGAAAUGCCAUGAAAGCGGUAGGUCUCUCUGGAGUCAAACGGAACAAGUGGAAGACAAAGAACAGAGUGACUUGUCCCAAAUCCUGGCAACACCUAUGAAGAGGAACCUUUGGGACAGAAAGAAGCAUAGAAAACUGUCAGCUAGUUAUGAUAUUAUUGAAGGUCAAACUGGACAUCCCAACAAACACGGGGCUGCUUUUGCAAAGUCCAAAGGUGAGAAAGCACCGUCAACUGCACAUAGCAAAAUAGACCUGAAUGACAUCCACAGCACAGGCAAUCCCAUCCAAGAGCAAAAUAAGACCAGCCUGCCCUCCCUAAAUCAGGUGGACUCAAAGGAAACCUGCAUUGUUAUAAGCAAGCUAUUCCCUGGCCAAAAGGAGGAUGAAAAUAAUUUGAUUCUUGGUGAAACGAAACUCAGAAAAUCCCCACGUAACAUAUCGAAAGUCAUGCCACGAACCUACGCCUGCGACCAGUGUCAUUGUUCUUUCCAUUUUGCCAAGCAGUACCAGGCACACACGCAGCGGAAGCACGGCACGGAUCUGGUCGUCAAAUAUAACUGCAGCGUGUGCGACCAGCUCUUUCCCAAUUGCCAAAAUCUCCGACGACACAGGCUCGCCGUUCACAACAAUGAGCAGCGCUUCCCCUGCGUGUUGUGCGACAAAAAGUUCAAGCGCCAGAAAGAUCUCAACGAUCAUACCCGGCGGGUGCAUGCAAAGAAGCAGAAUCCUCAAAGGUGUCCCUACUGUGACAAAGUGAUCAGUUCCAAGUGUGGACUGACUGUUCACAUCCGAACACACACGGGGGAGAAGCCUUAUAAGUGUGAACGCUGCCCAGCACGUUUUGCUCAGAGAUCUGCCUUUAAUACUCAUCUAAGAAAAAUUCAUGAAUCCAGGCAAGACGGGAAAGUCAUGCCUGGUUACUGGACGAGAGUCCCACCAACAGAAAGAGUGGAUCUUGUAGAUGGUGAAAUUGACAUGAAUAACAAAACAUGUCAUGAGGUACCAAAUACUGACUUACCAAGAGAACUUGUGGGUGAAAAAAACUGGGAGCUUGAGAGAGAAUCCAGACGUUCUCCUACAAUGGAAGCAGAGCCUGACAAUAAAGAGGAAAGGCAGGAGCAACGUGAUAUUAAAAGAGGGGCAGCUGAUGAACGCAGGGCUGUGGUUGGAGAAGACAGUGCUAAAGGAGAAAAGGAGAAUGGAGCCAAAGCCGAUGGCAGUGAAGAUGAUGAUGUACCAUCUUCAGAUGAUGAUGAUGACUCAAAGGAUCAAGGUGCAGAAGAAAAUGAAUCAGACGUAGACUUCAAAAUAAGGGAAGUGAGCAAAAACGAGGCAACUAAAAAAUCUGCUUAUGUUAUAACCUGUCCAAAAUGUGCUGAGAAGUUCGUGUCGCGGAAAAAAUACGUCGACCACUGCAAAGACGUCCAUCACUCUUUGCCUGGUAAAGUCUAUCAGUGUGAUGUGUGUAGCAAGUCCUUUGCUAGUUACAACAGCUGGAAGGAGCACCGUGCUUGUGUUCACACGGAAGACCGGCACUUUGCCUGCACCCUCUGUAAUGCCACAUUUAAAAGAAAGAGGGACGUGAGGACGCACUGUGUGCGGAAGCACGAAGGGAGAGUGAAGCGCCCCCUCUGUUCGGUCUGCGGAAAGAUCUUAAGUUCUAGAACAGCCUUAGUCUUUCAUAUGAGGACCCACACAGGAGAGAAGCCAUACCAGUGUGGCAUUUGCUGCUCACGAUUUGCUCAGCCAUCACAGCUCAAGAUUCACACCAGGUCCCAUACAGGUGAGAAGCCGUAUAUCUGUGAGGACUGUGGGGCGUGCUUUGCAGACAGAGGCAAGCUUAAUGGUCACAAGAGGACACAUACAGGAGAGCGUCUCUUCAAAUGUGAUGUGUGUGGAAAACAUUUUGCUACCAAUGAAUACUUAAAAUGCCACAAGCGCUGCCACAUGGGAGCCAAGCCGUACAAGUGUGAUGUGUGUGGGAAAACCUUUGGACUGAGAGCCUCAUUAGCCCAACACAGUAAUGUUCAUGCAGAGACUCCUCCCUAUUUCUGUGAGCAGUGUGGAAAGACGUUUACUCAGCAAGGAGCCCUUAGGCGUCACCAGCGUAUCCACACUGGAGAAAAGCCAUACAAAUGUAGGGCUUGUGAAAGAACCUUCACGGACAUGUCCACCUUGAGGAGGCAUGUCCUGGUCCAUGACCGGAAUGCUCAUUGGAGGAGUUUCUUAAUAGAUCUUACUAUCAAAAAGGAUCACAACUGGUCCAAAAUAGAGACUUUAUCUAAUAUCUGUAUGGAAGAGGACUCUCCACCAAUUUGGUCUGGCAUUCAAAGUAAACUUUAUAAACCAGAAAGCAGAAAAUGUAGAAUGCAGAGGAGCUUUGCUGGCAGAUAAUGACAUUGAAAGAUGAACAGGUGAAGAAACCUGAUAUUUUGGGUGACGUGACUGGGUCCUGUAUCAGUAUGGCCAGGUUCAUACUAUGGUGCUCAUGAAUUCAGCAUUGUUAUGGAGGCACAAUGACCUUGGUGGUGCAGUAGACUUUUUAUCAGCCUAGACAGGUGCACCAGCUAUGACCCAAUUUGGACAGAGAUGUCCUGGCUACAGUUAUACAUACUCUGGUAACCCCUCAUUUAGAUUACUGCAAUGUGUUAGGUGCCUUUGAAAACAUUCCAGAAACUUCACCUGAUCUAAAAUAGGGCAGCAAGAUUAAUAUGAUUUAUGUAAUCAUAUUAUACCAGUACUUCCAGUCAGUUUCUGGGCUUCAUUCAAAGUGCUGGUAUCAAAGUUUUAGGCCCUAAACAAUUUAGGGCCAGAGUAUCUGGAGGACCACUUCCUCUUGUAUAUACCUUAAAAUUUUCAUGAGAUGACCUUUUGAAGAAGAUGGCUACCAGAGGGAAGGCCUUUUUGGUGAUGGCAUCCUGAUUAUGCCCUCCCUUGAAAGGCUCACUUGGUAUUUACAUUAGGAUCCUUCUGGGGUCCGGUGAAGUCCUUUUCAUUUUCCCAAGCCCUUUAAAUUAUGUUUCAGUAUAUUGAUGUUGGAACUUAUCAUUCCCCUCAUUUGGUUUUAGUGCUCUUUUUAAAUUAUUAUUUUUUGCUGCUCUGUGUUGGAUUUAUGCUGAUUUCAGUAUUGGUUUAGAUAUUCAACCCAUAUCCAGUUAUGGUUUAUUUGAUUGUAUUUUGCUGAUUUUAAAGUAUUUUGCUGAUUUUAAAGCUUUGUGAACUGCCCAGAGGUCUUGGUUAAUUGGGUGAUAUAGAAAUCCCAUGCAUAUACUAAACAAAAUGCAUUCUUUAAAUGUUCCAUGUAAAGGUUUCCUGCUUCUCAUUUGGAGGGAUGUUCCUCAUUUCAAAAUUUUGAGAUUGAGACGAAUACAUUUGAAAUCUUUACUCAGCAUUUUGUGUAUCUGCUAUUUUAACUACAUGAUAAUAAAAUUGCAGAACUG